AUGGAGAAAUCAGCUGCUACGGCUCCGUCAGUCUUGAACUCGGAGAUUGAAGACACUGAUCAAGCAUGGCGGGAGCCAAAAGAUAAUCCUUUAAACUGGCCUCGAUCAAAAAAGUACCAGACAAUUGGCCUGGUCUCUUUCCAAGCGUUCAUCUCUCCUCUUGCGAGUUCCAUCAUGGCUCCCGGUUUACCAGAAUUGGCAGAAAAAUACAACAUCAAAUCUGACACCGUUCUAGCGUUGACUCUGACGAUAUAUCUCCUGGCCUGGGCACUUGGCCCACUCGCCUUUGCCCCUUUGUCUGAGAUGUAUGGUCGGCGGUGGGUGAUUAACAUAUCGAGCGUCAUAUUCACCGCGUUCAGCAUUGGGUGCAUUUUUGCCAAGUCAACUGGACAACUGAUUGCUUUUCGGUUCUUGGCUGGCCUCGGAGCGUCGACACCGAUAUCUAUUGCGGGAGCUGUCAUAGCAGAUCUUUACAUCUUGGAGGAGCGAGCCCCAGCCAGCGCUAUCUAUGGCUUGGGUUUACUGAUAGGACCACCGACUGGCCCCAUUAUGGGAGGAUAUUUGACACAGACGGUUGGAGUUCGGUAUGGAUUUGUUCUCACGGCCGCUCUUGGAGCUGUAGCCUUGGUACUCAGCGUGUUUCUUCUUCCAGAGACUGAUCAUGCAAUCAUCCGAUCAAAACGUGGUCCGCAGCGUGGAGGAAUAACGGGGCUCUUCAAUAAAAAGCCAGAGACGUCGGUUGAGGACAAGCGCACACAAUCUUCUACCCCCCUGACGGGGCCAGCUAGAGAAGCAGCUCUACGUCCUUUGGUGCUUCUCACGAGAAGUCCCAUUUGCUUUAUCCUGAGUUUCUACGGAGCACUCGUCUACGGCUUCCUCAACAUGUUUUUCACGACUUUUCCAACGAUAUUUGGCGAGAUAUAUGGAUUUAGACCUGGACCAACCGGUCUGACAUACAUAGGAGGCGGACUUGGAGAGCUGUGUGCCACAGCUUUGGGCGGAUGGGUUGGAAACACCGUCUACCACAAUUUGACCAAAAAGAAUGGCGGCAUCCAAAAGCCCGAGUUUCGCAUGCCGGGAAUGCUUCUCGGUUCCGUUGCUGUCCCCAUCGGGCUCUUCUGGUUCGGCUGGACAGCACAGACACAUCAACACUGGAUGCUGCCCAUCAUUGGAUCAUCCAUUUUUGGAUUCGGCAUGAUGUCCAUCCUGUUGCCACUGCAGCUGUACUUCAUCGACGCAUUCAAAUACUCGGCUGCUGCACUGGCCGCUGCCUCGCUCGCUCGCUCGCUGCUUGCAUUCGCCAUCCCCCUAUUCGCCCCACAAAUGAUUGAUGCGAUGGGACUGGGGGGAACAUAUUCUUUCCUUGGCGGAUUGAGCAUCGCAAUAGGUAUCCCGCUGCCCCUUUGGGUGUAUUUCCAGGGGGAGAAGAUUCGAGCCAGGAGCGAUUUAAAUCACUGA